AUGUCAGCCUCCGAGAGUAGACAGGGCCGAGUUGUCACAAGCAUCGUGACCACCUACAUCCUCGUCACUCUCCCAUGUGGUGCUUCAGACCUGCCUUCUUCGAUCAAUCUCCAGACUCCCGCUUCGUCUACUUCAACCAACGUCAAUGCUACCAGAGGUCCUGGAAGUAGUCUCACGCGGCCCUGGAACACAACCGUCGUCAACCCUAGCGUUUCAUUCAGUCCCACCAACUGGAACAGCACCAAGGUCAACUCUAGAACCUUGACUGCGUUCUCGAAUGGGACCACAACUGCCGUCAACACUGGAGUCCUGAUUCCCUCUUCAUAUGGGGGCGUUCCCACUAGCAGGACCGGUCAGUCGCCUGUCUUCUCCAGCGUAAUCACCGCAACUGCAAAUCACCCUGUCUCGCAUUCGGUAUCCAGCUUGUUCUCAAAGCCAAUUCAGAGCAAGCAGCCGGCUGAAUCAGAGAAUGCUUCCUUCAAUGCUUCGCUCUCUUCGCCUAUCACUUCCUCUACGCAGGGAGGCCAGUUCAGCAGAAGUGCCGUGUCCAGCACUUUCACCCUGCAGAUAUCUUUGUCCGAAGGUGGUACAGACGAGACUUCUCGUGUCAGCACAUCCCUUGGUCAAGAAACAACCCCGAGCGCUGGUGCCCAGCCAGUCGAGUCGCCCCCCUCUGGUAGCACCAAGGCCACAGGCAAUAAACCGUCUCUGUCACCUAGUUCCGGAAAGGGCGUUAGGAGCAGCACCGACUUGCCCCAGACAUCUCCAUCGGGCACUGAUCGCGAUGUAACGACCUCAUCCAUGCCCCGUUCUGUUCCCAGCGGCGGCAGCACCCAGAAGCAUUCAACCAAGGCGCCCGAGGCUUCUGACAGCAACAGAAGCAAGACGGCAGAGGCCACGGGGCAUGACGAUAGCAGCAAAACGUCCACCAAGAAAGGUCAUGACGACACCAGCAGUGGUAAUGACAAGUCGACCAAGGCCUCUCCGGGCAGCACGCAAGACAGCGGCAUAUCGUCAACCAGCGCCGCCUCAUCCAACGGCAAGUCUGCUUCGCCCUCGGCAACUGCUGACCCCGGAAGCAGCGAGACAGGUAGUCCCAAGUCCACGUCGUCCGAGGACCAAGACUACGCCACGGUCUUCAUGACUGCCACCAUCGAUCCUCCUCCUGGCGUCGACCCAAAGACCACCGUCACCUGGACUUCGACCGAGGUCACCAAGACGACGACACGCGACGGCAACGCCUGGCCCACCAUCUUCCCCGUGUGGUUCUGCGGCGGUGGCCAGCUGCUUUGUGCACCCAAGUGCCUCAUCCCGUUCCUCUCCUGCGGCGGCAUCAAUGGCCCGGGACCCCUCGGCUUCCCGUGGGCAAAGCCUCCACCGAGGAAACCCAGGGGAAAGCCGCGCAAGGUGAGACCCGAUGACCCUACCGACCCUGAGGAUCCCGAGGAUGAUCCCGAACCCUCGGAGACGCCGACAUCUUCCUCAUCUGAGGUUUCUUGCACCGCAUCCACGACCAUCUCGCCUCACUGUGAUCAGCACUGUUUCGUCAGUCCCGUCACGACAACCGGCUCGUCGACCAGCUUCACCACCUCCUGCAACACGGCCACCUGUAAGCCAACUGUCGUCUGCAGCAGGACGCUCGACACGACUACGACGACAACCUUCACCACGCACUCAUCCACUCCGACCCCCGUCGAGCACUUCUGCGGAGACCGAGAGUCCCCCUGUCUUGACUGCGGCAAGGAGAAGACGGGAGCCAAGGGGAUCGUCGCCCGUCAACACGGCUUCAUCCCUUGGAAUCCCGACCCGGAUCCGGAACUCCUCAACGGCCCCCAGGGACUUACACGCCCCGAGACGUGGCCGCAGGGCCCGCAGAACUGGUGGGAUCGCAUGUGGAGGUACGUCUACCACUACUGCGACGGCCUCACGGCGCCCCGGCUCACGCAGGACGGCGAGCGCCUCGAGAUGGGCUACUCGACCAUGCACGCCGACGAGUUCAAGGACCAGGGGCUCGCCGGCGCGACGGGGCCCUUCUGGGGCUGCAGCGGCAUCGUCAUCGUCACCAAGAGGGGCAUCUACACGAGCCACGUCUGGGAGAUCCCCAACUUCCACAAGGGCACCCACAAUCCGACGGCCCUUGACUGGGCCGAGGAGUUCGAGGAGGGCAUCCUGCGGUUCCUCAAGCGCGGCUCGGGCGACCGCAUCGGCGGGUACGUCGGCAUCGACCAGCUCGAGGACUCGACGGACAUCUUCGCCAACAAGCAGGAGGACACGCUCGCCGUCAUCCUCCACGUGCCCUCGUCCAUGGCCUUCUCGGGCAGCUCGCAGAUCCCGCCCAACUACGGCGACUUCGACCCCCGGCACGCGGCGCUCGUGGACCGCUGGGCCGAUUUUAUUGCUGGCAACCUCGGCUUCCCGCGCGACAAGAUCCGCAACAACAUCUACGUCAAGGGGCCCUCCUACUGGCCCGCCUACGUCGAGGAACGGCGGCCGUUGAACCCGAUGGACAUGUACACGCCCCCCUACGGCCUGCUGCACUGGCAGUACCACCCGGCCCACGUCGUCGAGACGCUGGCGGACGGCACCGAGAUCCGCAAGCCGACGAUCCGCGUGUGGUACGAGAAGUUCCUCAUCUUUGAGGAGUCGUGGUGUCUCCCGGGCACCGUGACGGCCCGUAAUGAUAAGGGCGGCGGCGGCGGAUCGUGCCCGAUGCCCUCUGCUCCGGCGGCUCGGUCUUCUCUCGCGGCGUCUGGCGGUUCGGGCUCGGCCUCUGGUUCUGCGUCCGGCGGUGCUACUAACAAGUUGUCUCCUACCUCUGCAGCCACCAGGAACUCGUCUUCGACGGCUUUUGUUCCUCCUGCCGGAUUCCCCAGCAACAGUACUCGAACCAGCGGCGUCUCAACUAACACGAAUGCUCUCCCCGCCACCAGUUCCUCUUCCUCGUCGUCCAAGGCAAAGGCCACGGCCUGGGUCACCGCCACCGCUGAAGUCACAGCCACGAACUGGGCCGACCCCACGCCGUCCGCUGCCACGAACAAGCCCAGUUACGUGUCCGGCGGGCCCGUCAUAUCCCGCGUCCCAGCCAGCGAGGCGACGAAGCUUCUCCCGACCCCGAGCUACGGGCCAUCCAAGCGCGUCGUCCGCAUCAGCCAGGACAUGUCCUUCGGCGCCGACAAGAAGACGAACCACACGGCCGUCAUCACCGUGUACGAGAUCACCGAUACCGCCGGGGGCGGUGUCAGGGAGACGAUCCUCGUCAGCCAGCGCGACGGCGGCGGCGGCGGCAGUCCCGUCGACCUGCCGAGCAAGGUCGUGGUUGAGGACCAGGAGGGCGGCCGGCUCGAGGUCAAGUUCGUGACGGCGCCGCAGCAGAUCGAGCUCGAGUCCAAGAGGCUCGGUAGAGUCCUCAAGUGGGCCAUGAUCAACAUCAAGGACGAGCAGAACCCGGACAACCCGUACUGCGACGUUCGCAGCGUCACACCGGGCGAGGGCGUUCUGAAGAGAUCCGUCGAGUGUUUCUACAAUACUUAG